AUGGAGGAGGAUGAAGAAGAAGAAGAAGAAGAAGAAGAAGAAGAAGAAGAAGAAGAAGAAGAAGAAGCAGGGUUUAGGAGGAGAAACAGAAAGAACCUGCUGAAGAAGAAGAAAAUGAUCAAAGUUUUUCUGCGGAUCGACUCAGUUUUACAGAAAUACUCGGAAAUAUGUGACUUUGGUCGGAGAUGA